AAGGAUUUGGGUUUGUUUUUGGGAUUCUAAAAAACUCUAAACUUUCUUCCUUCUUUUUUUUUUCUUUUGUCUCGUAUUCUUUUUCUUAUAAAGGACAGAGAGAGAGAGAGAGAAGAAAAAGAGAGAAAGAGAGAGAGAGAAGAAAGAGAGUUUCCGAAAGCUGAAUUGAGUUGGGUGAAGCAAUUCUCAGGAUGGGAAGAGGAAAGAUAGAGAUCAAGAGGAUAGAGAAUUCGACAAAUCGACAAGUGACCUUCUGCAAAAGAAGAAAUGGACUUCUGAAGAAAGCUUAUGAGCUUUCAGUUCUCUGCGAUGCAGAAGUUGCCCUCAUUGUCUUCUCCACUCGUGGCCGUCUCUAUGAAUAUGCCAACAACAACAUAAGAUCAACCAUUGAGAGGUACAAGAAAGCUUCCUCUGAUGGCACCAACACUCACUCUGUACAAGAAAUCAAUGCCGCAUACUAUCAACAAGAAUCUGCAAAGCUGAGGCAACAGAUCCAAACGAUUCAGAAUUCCAACAGGAAUCUGAUGGGAGACUCGCUGAGUUCCUUAAGUGUCAAGGAACUAAAACAGGUUGAGAAUCGCCUUGAGAAAGCCAUCUCCAGGAUCAGGUCCAAGAAGCAUGAGUUGCUUCUAGCUGAAAUCGAAAACUUGCAGAAAAGGGAGAUUGAGCUUGAUAAUGAGAGUAUCUAUCUCCGAACCAAGAUAGCAGAAAUUGAGAGGUUUCAACAUCAUCAUCAAAUGGUUAGUGGUACAGAGAUCAACGCUAUGGAGGCCUUAGCAGCUCGCAAUUACUUUGCUCAUAGCAUCAUAGCUAGUGGUUCUGGAUCUGGAGCUGGCCAUGGAUGCUCUUACUCUGAUCCGGACAAGAAAAUUCAUCUCGGAUAAUCUCUUGGCGAAAGAAAACAAAACGAGCUACAAUAAUGGCUUUAUAAAGCUAUCUGCAUUCUGAAAUCCUCUGCUUAGGAUAUAUCUCUACGUAAAAUAUGUUUGUUGUUAUUGUAAUUCAAAGUACAAUGAAGGUAUGAAUCCUUCAAGACUCAUUGGUGUUUGUGUGAUGAUGAAGACAUUACUCUUGUUUUUUAUUGUUACAUAUUAAAUCUAUAAUUACUAUGGUAUUUGAUCUAA